AUGGAGCCUUCUCUCACCUGUAAAGUUACCGUCUUCGCUUAUGCCUGCAUUCUGAUCUCUCCUCAAUCCACUUCCUUCGAUGUACGAAAGAAACCCCAACAAAAGUAUUGCAAGUUCGGGAGUGUUGCUAUUGGCUCUUCAAAUCUCUCGCCUCAUCAUCAUUAG